CUAAUCUUAACCACACUGCUAACCUUAUGCCUAACCUUAACCUUAAAUUACGACCAAAAAGCUUUUUUCCCCACAUUAAUUUGUACGAUAUAGUCAAUUUUGAUUUUGUGACUGUGGUAGCUAACUAAAGUGACAAAUGGGAUCUCCAUUUUAAAGUUAGAAUCGCGUUUAUGUUCAUGAAGAUAACUUUAUAAUGAAUCCCCUGACCAAGGUGAAGCUGAUCAAUGAGCUGAAUGAGAGAGAGGCCUCACUGGGGGUCAAAGAGACGGUGUCAUGGCACUCUGAGUACAAGGACAGCGCCUGGAUCUUCAUCGGUGGGUUUCCAUAUGAGCUGACGGAAGGUGACAUCGUCUGUGUCUUCUCUCAGUAUGGAGAGAUAGCCAACAUCAACCUGGUGCGUGAUAAGAAGACGGGUAAAUCCAAAGGCUUCUGCUUCAUCUGCUACGAGGACCAGAGGAGCACAAUCCUGGCUGUGGAUAACUUAAACGGGAUCAAGAUAAAGGGGCGGACCAUCCGAGUGGACCACGUGCUGAACUACCGCCCUCCCAAAGACAAUGAGGACAUGGACGAUAUCACCAAGCGCCUAAGGGAGGAGGGCUGUGCCCCCAAACUACCCGACCCUUCAUCCUCCGAGUCCGAAGAAGAGGAGGAACAGUACGCUGUACCAGUGAAGAAGCCCAAGAAAGACAAGAAAGAGAAGAAGAAAAAGAAGGAGAAAAAGGAGAAGGCGGCUCUGAAGGAGGAGAGGCAGCAGAGGGAGAGGCUGGCCCAGACUCCCCCUGGGCCUGCCCUGACAGUGAGAAUGAAGCAGGAGAAGGAAGACCUGGGUUAUGACAAGUACAGCCAGCGGGGGGCGGUAGAGGUGCGGCUGGGGUCCAGGGAAGAGAGACCAGGGCCUGGGGCAGAGCCACGGAACCCCCGAGACACACACAGGCAGGAGGACGGAGGGUUCCGAAAUCGCCAUGGAGACCAACGGGACGGGGAGAGGGAUAGGUCCAGGGAGGAUGAGAAGAGGAGAGAUGGGAUGGGGGAGAGGAGAGAUGGAGGACUGCAGUUGGAGAGCAAGAGGACAGGCAGGGAGGAGGGAGAAAACCAAGACAGGGAUAGAGCAAGAGACAGAACUAGGGAGAAAGAAAGAGAGAGGGACAAUGAGGGGAACAGAGAGCGAGCGCGAGACCGGAACAGUGAUAGGAAUAGAGACAGGGAGAAAGACAGGGACAGUGAUAGGAAUAGAGACAGGGACAGUGAUAGGAAUAGAGACAGGGAGAAAGACAGGGACAGUGAUAGGAAUAGAGACAGGGAGAAAGACAGGGACAGUGAUAGGAAUAGAGACAGGGAGAAAGACAGGGACAGUGAUAGGAAUAGAGCCAGGGAGAAAGACAGGGACAGGAAUAGAGAGAGACCAGUCCAGUAAGCACAGAGAAAAACAGUCGGGAGAGAGACUACAGGAAAAAGUAACAGAAGUUCCAUGGUUGUAGACAAGACAACUGGACUGAGUGAAAUCUUACCGUCUUUCCCUCACUAUAGAGAAUCAGCAAGGAACUGGGACCAUGGAACUAACAUUGGUUGUUGUAUUUUCUUAGUUCGUCAUAAGCCAUAUCAAGCCUGUUGAUUCCAUAUUAUGUCAUGGAAAGAAAAAUGUGGAGACUGAGCUGUACAGUGGAUGAUGACUUGAGCCAUGAGAUGAUGUCCUCCAUGACAACAGCUUAGUCGACAUCAGCAGCAGAGUAAAUGGGAACUGGAUUUCUAAUGGAUUGCCACCCUUAAACCGCUGUACACUGUUUAAUUUGACAUGUUGAUUUACUGUUGUAAAUAAAAAUGACAUUUGCUUUUGUAGAAAAUACUUGAGAUUUGCUUUCAAACAAGAGAGACAGAUGCCAUAUAAAUAACAUUUUAUUUUUUCAAAUGGAUUUCAAGUGAGAGACCAAAAUAGUAAUGGUAACGCAAGAUAGGAGCUUCCUCUUGGCUUCAAAAAUAGAGGUCAUUUGGGUGAAAAGAAAGAGAGAGAAAUAACCUCCAAAGAUAUAACAUUGACUGUCCAAAACAACAUGACACAACAUGUAAUUCAGUGAA